UACCCGGAACAGAGGCGUGCCUCUGAAUGCCACGAGCAUCCCGGAAAACCCAAACCGGGUAUGGUAUCCGGGAGAGUUGAUGGCAAAAUACUAUGGCCAGCGAGCGACUAAAGGAGGGUUAAUUAUAAGUGAAGCUAUUCCUAUCACUCUCGAGAGUAGUGGAAUGCCCGGUUCUUCUGGGCUAUUCAUUCCUGAACAAGCGGAGGGUUGGAAGAAGGUCGUUGAUGCCGUUCACGAACAAGGAGGAUAUGUCUAUGGUCAACUCUGGCAUGCUGGCCGUGCAACAAUUCCUCAGAUGAUCGGUGCACCGCCAGUGUCUGCAUCAGCCACGCCGUGGGAUUCUCCUACGGAUCUUUAUGCGUAUCCUCCAGUGGGAGAGACAGAGCGUGUCCGCUAUGCUGAUUAUCCUCCGAUUGAACUUUCUAUCGAAGGGAUUAAAGCGAUCAUCCAGGAUUACUGCAAGGCCGCACGGACAGCCAUGGAAAUCGGAUUCGAUGGGGUCGAGGUAACCAGCGCAAAUGGUUAUCUUCUCGAGCAGUUCUUAAGCACCAAUGUUAACAAAAGAACUGAUGAAUAUGGAGGAAGCGUGGAGAACCGCUGUCGGGUUGUGCUUGAAUUGAUGGACGAACUGGCCAAAACGGUCGGCGAGGACAAUCUGGCUAUUCGAUUGACGCCGUUUGGACUGUUCAAUCAGAACAGAAGUGAGCAGAGAGUUGAAACAUGGUCGUAUCUUUGCCAGAGUUUGAAGAAGAAUUUGAAGUUGUCCUAUGUGAGCUUUAUAGAGCCGCGAUUCGAACAAUUCGACAGCUACGAGUACAAAGACGACAUCCUUCGCAGCUGGGGCCUACUGGGAGUGACUCUAGACAAAUUCCGUACUAUCUUCGGCAACACUCCGUUCUUCUCUGGUGGUGGCUUCGACGAUACAAACUGCUGGGAAGUGGUGGAAUCAGGCACAUACAAUGGUCUACUCUUUGGAAGACUGUUCGGUAGUAAUCCUGACUUGGUGGAGAGAUUGAAGAAAGGGUUGAAGCUAUCAAUGUGGGAUGAUAACAAGCUCUUUGGCCCGUUUGAGGAUAACUCAGUUGGAUAUGUCGAUUAUCCUACAGCGGAGUGUAUAUAACGACUGUAUAUAGACAUUUACAACGAAACAUUGGUGAAGGGG